AGACAGGCGGUGACUUCUGGAGAUGGACUUGAACAGCAGGAACUUCAAAGCCAAUGCACUCACAGAAUGUCUUUCCCACACCAGGAAUUCCCAGUGCCAGACUUUGGCUGGGUAGAGGAGAAGGCUGUGAGGAAGAGGAGGAUUCCUGCGCAUCCCCAGGCAGGUGAGGAGGAAGUCAGUGCCCCUUUGCCCCUCUCUCCUGCUCCAUCUCCCAGCCCAGCCUGGCCCCGGCUGCAGGACAACCCCGCUGCCGACGCCGUCCUGCCGGGGAUGCACUGGGGGGAUCUCCUUGCCCUUCCCUCUGGCACGGAGGCAAAUCCCAUCCUGUCCUUGUCCUUCCUCCCCCAGACAAGGAGGCCAGGGAGGACAAAUCCCCUCAGCAGAACCUCGUGGAAGAGGCUGUUUUGAGCGGCCCCAUGGCACAGGAAUGCAACGGGGAGGAAAAGGCACAGAGAUCCCGCCCGAGGAGGGGCUCCAAACCCAUGCCAGGGUGCUCCGAGGAGGAAGGACCCACCCUGUGUCAGGAAGGCAGCCAGAGAUGUGGCCAGAGCUCUGAGCUGGUGGUGCAUGAACAGCUUCACAAUGGCAAGAAGCUGCACCAGUGCUCAGAAUGUUGGAAGAGUUUCUACACAAACUCUGGCCUGCUCCGGCACCAGAAGAUCCACACUGGGGAACGGCGCUACGAGUGUGGGAAAUGUGGGAAGCGCUUCAGAGAUACCUCUAACCUGAUGAUCCACCUGAGAGUCCACACUGGGGAACGGCCCUAUGAGUGUGGGGAGUGUGGGAAGAGCUUCACUCAAAGCUCCCACCUGAUGAUCCACCAGAGGAACCACACUGGGGAACGGCCCUAUGAGUGUGGGGAGUGUGGGAAGAGCUUCACUACCAGCACUAGCCUGAUCAUCCACCACAGGAGCCACACUGGGGAACGGCCCUAUGAGUGUGGGGAGUGUGGGAAGAGCUUUGCAUGCUGCACCAGCCUGAUCCGCCACAAGAGGAUCCACACUGGGGAACGGCCCUAUCAGUGUGUGGAGUGUGGGAAGGGCUUCACUAGGAGCUCCUCCCUGAUCGUCCACCAGAGGGUUCACACUGGGGAACGGCCCUAUGAGUGUGGGGAGUGUGGGAAGAGCUUCGCUGUCCGGUCCAGCCUGCUUGUCCACCGGCAGAUGCACAGCGGAGAGAGGCCUUAACAGCGUUUUGAGUGUGGGAAGAGCUUCUCCCAGAGCUGUGCCGUGGCCCAAGAGCAAUGGAGGCAGCAGGAAGGGAAGCCCUACAAGUGCCCCGCGUGCGGGAAGAGCUUUGUGCGCUGCUCCAACUCCAU